AAUCAAGCAGCAUUCCCAUGAUCCCGCAUGAUACAAGGAUGCUUUGGCUCAAAUGGACACUUCUCUCCAUAUUCCUGGCAGUAGCAUCAGGAAACACAGCACCAAGAUUUGUGAUGAACAGCACCUUUUCCUUGCCGGAAGACACACCUGUAGGGGCCUGGGUUUUUCAACUGGUGGCUGUGGAUGCUGAAGGAGAUAAGUUAUUCUAUAGCUUAAAGGGAGAAAACAGCUUCUACUUCUCAGUCAGCGCUGAAUCGGGCAAUGUGACACUGAAACAACGAGUGGAUUAUGAGCAAACAAAAACUAUUCUUAUUGAUGCUGGAGUGACAGACAAAAUGAAUGUAAUGGUCUAUAAAACACUCACCAUCAUUGUAAAAGACCGGAAUGACAACAAGCCAAUAUUCCAGAAUGAACCCUAUUUUGCAGAUGUUCCUGAGAAUACAGCAGUCGGCUCCUCGAUCUAUACCGUCUUGGCUGUGGAUGAGGACAGUGGAAACGCUGGGCGAGUCUCCUAUUCCAUUGAAGAAGUCAACCCAAACAACGCGGAGAAUCACCAGCUCUUCUACAUCUUGUACAAUGGCACUGUGAUGCUGAAUGGGUCACUCAGUUACAAUAACAAGAGCACUUUCUACCGUAUCAAGAUCCUAGCCAAGGAUAAUGGAGGAUUGCUGGAUGAUAAAUUUAUCUAUCAGAGCAACACAGCCUAUCUAUCUGUGACAGUUGUUGAUGUGGCUGACCUGGACCCCGAGUUCUUGGGAGAGCCCUAUGCAGGCUCGGUACCAGAGGACUGCCCUCUGGGCACGUCAGUGAUGAAGGUGUUCGCCAUCGACAGAGACAAGAACGUGAACGAUAAAAUCUACUAUAGCAUCACCAAUGCCACUAACUUGUUUACAAUUGGUGAGAUGACAGGGAUCAUCACUGUGAGUGGCAACCUGGACCGGGAAGGUGUUCCAGGUGAAGAGGUGCAGCUCCAAGUCGUGGCUCGAGAAAAAGACCUGAACAUUUACCAGCAGGUGGCACAAGUGAGGACCAUUGUCACCAUCCAGGUCACUGACAUCAAUGACAACACACCUCGGUUCUAUCUUUGCGCGUAUCCUGCCUGCAACUUCACAGGCCCCCCGCAGGGCAACUUUUCUGGUCAGGUUGAGGAACACGCUUCUGCCAGAACACCUGUGGCCAACCUCAGCAUUGUGGCCUAUGAUCCUGACAAGGGUUCCAAUGGCACCUUCCAGCUAUCCUUGCGGGGUCCAGAUGCAGAUGCAUUCUUAGUGUCACCUCAGCAGAUCGUGAACGAAGGUGCCGUGCAGGUGCUUGUGAGCCAAUCGAAUCUUGUGGAUUAUGAAAAGACACGUACAAUGACUGUGGAGAUUGUAGCAAAUGACACUGGAAGGGCAGCUGAUUGCUGCUCCUUUGCCACCGUCACCAUUCAUCUUGUUGACAUCAAUGACCACAGGCCCGAGUUCAAGCAGAGCGAAUACAAACUCUACGUGCUGGAGGACAGCCCACCUGGUACCGUGGUCUCUUCUAACAUCACAGCCACAGAUCCAGACACUGGGAAAUUUGGAGAAAUCACCUACCAGCUGCUGCCUACAAGCAUCCAGUCCACUUUUACGGUGAAUGCAACAAGCGGUGCAGUGCUAGUGGCCAAUGGCAGUCAACUGGAUUGGGGAAUCCGUCCUGUCUAUUAUGCUACACUACAGGCUGUGGACGGGGGUGGCCUGUCUGGUUCCACACAACUAGAGAUUUCAGUGGUUGAUAUCAACAACAAGCCUCCCGUUGUGACUGGCUCCUACAAUGUUUUUGUCACUGAGGGCGACAAUGUUUCUGUCCAGAUCCAGGCCACUGACCAGGAUGACCCAGCGACCAAUAAUAGCCGCUUGCAAUUUGAGAUUGUGCCUGGUGAAUUCAGCAGCAACUUCACCAUUGACCCAGACAAGGGAGUGUUGCGCAACAAAGGGCCCUUGGACCGAGAGGCCAUCCCUCUGAAGCUGGACGGCAAAAUGGUGGUGACGGUACUCGUGCAUGACUUGGGCAUCCCUCAAUUGAAUGACACUGUCAACGUCACCAUCACUGUGGAGGACAGAAAUGACAACGCACCCAGAUUCAACAGCUCAUUUUAUGCGUUCUCUGUUAAAGAGGGCGAGCCAGGGAUCUUUGUGGGAAAUGUGGAGGCCAGUGAUGCCGAUCAAAUGGAGAUUAAUAACCGUAUCUCAUUCCGCAUUGUAAGCAGCAUGGGUUCCAACAACUUUCAAAUGAACUCCAAUUACCUGAGACCUGGCUGGUACCAGGGAACAUUAUCUCUAGACCCAGAUGUUGCUCUUGACUAUGACCAACUUCAGGAGAAAUCCUUCAAUCUGACUGUGCAGGCUGAAAAUUCAAACUUUGGGGGGACCGUGGAUGUGGACAAUGCCACAGUGAAGGUGACCGUGCUGGAUGUCAAUGACGAGUCGCCAACCGUUGUGCCAUCUCCCCCACAUAACAUUGAUGUCUUGGAGAACGCCACCCUGCAUGAGUUAGUAGCCACGCUGGAGGCCACCGACAUGGACACCAACCACUCACUGGUAUUCCAGGAGUUGGCUGUAGCAUGCUUCAAGGGCUCAGCCAGUGCAAGUAAUGUAUGCCAGCACUGGUUCUAUCUGGAGCCAAAUGGCUCCAUCUUUGUGAAUAGUUCAGAGAUAGACUAUGAGGCUUGUGACCUAGUGGAACUCACACUGCGGGUUAAGGAUGAGUUCACCGAGGUGGGACACCCCUACAGUAGAAAUGAGACCUUGAAAAUCAUAAUCGUUGAUGUGAAUGACAACCCACCCACAUUUUGUUCCAUCACCGACACCUUUGUGAUAAUCCCAGAGAUCUCUCCAGUAGACCUGCAGGUGGCUGUGGUCAGGGCUACGGAUAACGAUACAGGUGUGAACAGCAUGAUCACGUUUGCCAUCUCCAGCGUUGUUUUUAUCGAAGACAACGGGCAAGAGCAGAACUUUAGCAAUCUUUUCAAAGUGGCGACAACAGUAGAAAAUGGCCUCUACGUCGGAAGCAUCCAAGUUGCAAGCAACCUUAACAGUGUACUGAAGGGGCGAUACAAGGUGACGGUGAAAGCCGAAGACCACGGGACGCCUCCGCUAAGUUCUCUGGAAUCGCUAGAUAUCUUCACCGUGGACCAGAGCUACCGUGUCAAGCUGUCUUUUAUUACCCCGUUGAAUGAAGUGCAAACUCAGUCCGAUGAAAUCAAAGCGGCUCUGAGUACAGCAACCCAAACAACCGUCUACAUAGCAGCAAUCACAGAUGAGGCGUCAGCAUCCAAAUCUAACAGGGCCACGGGGAAGAUCCUUACAGCGAUGGAGGCCUAUUUCGUCUACAGCAAUGGCACGGCUCUUGGGGACAAAGUAGUACGCAUGCGCAUCCAGGAAAACCCCGAGCAACUGUCACAGUUGCUUAAACUCGGCCUGUCUGUUGUCGGUCCUGUGGCGGUGGCCCCAACCAGCAACGAGAAGGAGCUGUUUGGUAUCAUCGCAGGGCUGGCUGUGGCUGUGCUUCUUAUAAUCAUCAUCUUGAUCGGGACCAUAAUCGUCAUGAGGAGAAGCCAUGUGAGGAAGCUGAACGCCCUCAAAGCCCUGAAGGUGGCUUCGAUGUUCUCCGCAAGCGCUGUGCAGCAGGGACCAGCUAUCCCUGGGACAAACAGAUACAACACAGAAGGGGCCAAUCCUAUGCUUGGUUGCUCCUUGGACCCCUCUAUGGACCUUGGCUUUGAGGACAACCCCAGCUUUGAAGUGUCCAGCCUGAACUCCCUGGAUGAGAACAUGGUUGAUGAUCCAGAAAGUGGUCCAGCCUCUGCUGCACUAAAGCUGGACAAACGAAAUGCUGGACAAGCCAAUAGCAGGGAGGAACCCUUAAAAGCUGCCUUAGAAAGCCGUAACAAAGACAAGCCAAAGCAGCAAGGACAUCCCAAGACUACAUCUUUACGCUUCGACAAUACCUCCUUGAACACUACAGACCUGUGA